AUGGCCAAGUUGAAAAAGUGGUGUUGUCAUCCUAUCAGACACGAUGGAACGAAAAAGAUUGGACGGGCGCCAACACAUCCCAAAGGAAAAUACAUAGUGCCUUAUUAUCUGGACAACUUCAUAAAGAAACAGUAUUGCGUUCCAAAUAUAAGUACUUCGCAGGCUGAUAUGUCAACUACGUAUGUGUGUACUAGCUGCUAUGAAUACGAAAUGGAUAGAUUUGAAAGAUUUAAAGCUUCUAAAGGUGAUCAAGAGCUGUUGAAAAGCGAUGAUCAAUUGCUAACGGAACCACUGAAAAUGCAAAUGGAUUUCGAAAUCUGUGAUUCUGAACGCCAGGCAGAGAACGAGUUGGCUUUACUUCAUAGUUUACAAGUCGAUAAAGAUGUCGUCAAUAAUGUGCUUCGAAUUUUGGGAGUGGAAGAGAUUGCAGAUAUACGUCAAACUGGUGUUUUACACAAUAAAGUCAAGCGUGCUUGUGAACUGCUAGAGAACAAGUGUGAAAACCUGAUAAAUAAUGUAAAAUUAAAUAAAACUUCACGUGAAAUAGAAGGGGAAACCGGACAGAACGGUGAAGAAAACAAAAAACAUGAAUCGUGUUUAUUAAAUCUUUCAGAAAAAGAAGAAUUAAUCGAUGGUUUCAAGUAUCUGUACAGUACAAGUAACAGAAUGGAACAAGUUCGUUUGCUGACUAUCGCACCAGCCAGUUGGGGACGUCAAAAAGUUCAAAUGUUUUUCAGCAUCUCCGAUCGGCAAGCUCGUUAUUCUCGUGAGCUUCGCUCAACCGAAGGUGUACUUGCUACUCCUGAAGAUCUCCGUGGAAAUCAAGUGUUAGAUCCAUCUGUGAUUCAAGCUGUAAUCCAUUUCUAUGAACAAGAUUGGAUCAGCCGAGUUUCACCGAACAAAUCAGAUGUCAUAUUAAUAAAACAGCAACCUAUUCCCAAACGGUUUAUGUUAUUAACGAUUGGAGAAGCUUUCGAAGAAUUUAAAAAAGAUUUUCCUCAGUAUGUUAUUGGAAGAUCAAAAUUCUUCAGUCUCAAACCNAUCUGUUUUCACCCCGAACGAUCCGAAAUACGAUUUUGCCAAAGUACGAAAAAUUGA